CAAUUAUAUUAUAUAUUUCCCAAUGAAAAUCCUAAUUGAAUUAUGAAAAUAUUUCACAUUGAUAAAAUCCAAAAUUUGGAUUAGUGUCAAUAAAUUGAUUCAGUCAAAUCUCCCAAAAUUCAACCCAAAAAUCCACAUAUUAGAUUCUAAAGUCUGAGUUGAAUUAAUUGUAUUCAAGUAUUAAACAAAACACGUAAUUAAGAAAAUUCAACGGCACACUAAUUACAGUUUGUCCAGAAUUAAUUGAGCUGUCUGACUCCAUCCACUCUUCAACGGCCACACCCCCGCAUAUUACAUAUAUACCCCACCGAAACUUCUCGCUCUUUCCUUCCCUUUCACUUUUUAUUUCUCCUUUUUCCACCAUUUUUCUCACACACCUAAAUUUCCCCUUUUACUCCUUCCCUUUAUCUCUUUUUCCCUAAUUAUACACUCAAAGGAACCUUCUGGAAUUACCAUAACUCUUUCUCUCUCUAUCGCUCCUCUCUUUCUCUCUCUACCCCCACAGGUCACAAUUUGAUUUGAUUUUGAAUUUGAUUUGAUUUUCAACUGAAUUAACCUGUGUGAGAGGAGCGGUAUGACACCGCCGCCGGUGGAUCGGACUGGUGGAGGGGAAUCUACGGCCGCCGAUAUGCCAAGGUCUCUUCCGACGCCGUUUUUGACCAAAACUUAUCAGCUUGUCGAUGAUACGGCGAUUGAUGACAUCAUUUCGUGGAAUGAAGACGGAUCUACUUUCAUCGUUUGGAAUCCGACGGAGUUUGCCAGAGAUUUGCUGCCAAAGUAUUUCAAGCACAACAAUUUCUCCAGUUUCGUUCGGCAACUGAAUACUUACGGAUUUAGGAAGGUUAUGCCUGAUCGGUGGGAGUUCUCCAAUGAAUGCUUUCGAAAAGACGAGAAAAAGCUCUUGUGUGAAAUCCAGCGCCGGAAAAUUGCUACGCCGCCGCCGACCGCGGCGGCGACGCUGUGUGCGGCGGUGUCAGAGCACCUAACUCCAGCUGCACCACAGCGGACGGUGUCUCCGUCGGACUCCGGCGAGGAGCAAGUACUUUCCUCAUCUAAUUCCCCCGGCACCGUCCGCGAGUUCAGCGGAAGCACGGCGGAGCUAAUCGGAGAGAACGAGAGGCUCAGAAAACAAAACGUGCAGCUCAGUAAAGAGUUGGACCAAAUGAAGAGCCUGUGUAACAAUAUUUACGCUUUGAUGUCGAAUUUCGCCGGCACGAACAAACAUAACAGCAGCAGUAACAGCAACGAUCGCCCCGGGCUUAGCUGUAAACAAUACAUGGCUGAGAACGGCGUGAAACCGUUGGAUCUACUACCGAUGACGAGAUUCUGCGAAGAAAUCCAAACCGCCGUCGUCGCCGCGGCGGCGCACGGCGGCGAAGCAUGUAAUAUCAGAUCCGCAGCGGAGGAAAUAGGCGCCAGAUUGUUCGGAGUGCCCAUAGGGCUCAAGCGUGGUAGGGAAGGCGAAGGUAGUUCGGCGGAUCAUGAAAUGGAGCUCCAGCUGCAGCAGCCGGGUCUGGAUAUCAAACCCGAACCGAUGGAUGAAGAUAACAGCGGCGACGAUCUGGCGGAGGCGUCGUGGUUGAGGCGGAGCAACUCGAGAAAUCGUAGGGUAUAAAAUUGGUGUACUUCAGGUGUAACGGUGGGGAUUAGUGCAGACGAUUCCAUUUUCGUAGAAUAUAUGAUUUAUUGAUUAGAAUAGUCUAGAGGAUUGUGUGUACGUACUAGGAGGCUAGGGUGAGGCACGUGCGAAACAGAGUCACGUGUCUCAGUAAUCUUUGCAAAGCACCCUUUUCGGGAAGGUUCCUCAUUCCUAUCCUAGUGUUUCUUUCUUCUAAUUAUAAAUAAAUUAUUAUUUUUUUAU